CCCGCUGAGGGAAGCUCGCGGGGUCCAUACCUGUGCGAGCUCAGGUCCCAACCGCCGCCGCGACGAGCCCGGCCGAAGUCGGUGCGUGAGCCUCGCCGGGCAGAGAAGGGCUGAGCAGCUCCCGACGGCGCGGAGAGACGGCAGAAGCCAGGGAGGGCCCUCCAGCACGCAGGGAAACCGGCACCUCCCGUCUCCUUGCCAGCUAUCCGGUGUUCUUGAAGCGUGUCUGUUCCAGCCGGCCCGACAGCGCAGUGCAAUAUUUGUCGGUGACGUUUUUGCUUCUCUGCAUAAUGGUUGGAAUCUGCGCCCUUGUAACGGAAGAUUCUAAAUACAAUUUGAAGAAAUCGAAAUUAUUUUUUGUUUGGCACUUCAAAGGCAGUCUUAAGGGCAGAGAAUGUAGUAUAUUACAUUAAUGUCAUAAUCUGAAAGAAGAAAAGCAAUUGGAAUAAUGGCAACAGGAGACCUAAAAGGAAGUUUAAGAAAAAUAGAACAAGGACUUCGCUUGAUAAAUUAUCCAAGAGAUGUGGAUUAUACAGUGUUAGUAAAAGGAGAUCCAGCUGCAUUUUUACCUAUUAUCAGCUAUUGCUUUACAUCUUUUUCAACUUACAUAGCAGAACUUCUGGUGAAGUGCGAUGUGGAACUCACAGCAAAGAGUGAUUUGCGGUUUAUUGAAGCUAUUUAUAAGCUUCUUCGAGAUCAAUUUCAAUAUAAACCAAUUUUAACAAAACAGCAGUUUCUUCAGUUUGGUUUUGCGGAAAGAAAAAUGCAGAUUGUUUGUGACAUUAUCAACUGUGUGGUGAAAAAACAUAAGGAAUUAAGUAACUCAAAUAAGGUUAAAUGCCUAAUACGGAAAAAACUCAGGUCUUUUAAAAGUGAAGUGUGGUCAAAUUGUGAUAAUGUCCUUGCUCAUCCUAGUGGCAGUGCUCUGAAUUCUGAACAGGUGUUGAUCAUAGGACUUGAUCCAUCUGGAAAGAAUGCUCAAAAGAAGCCUCAAGUAGAACGGCACUCAGGAAAUGAAGUUAGUGGUGAUCUUCAUCCACUACCCCUUCCAGCACAGGGAGGUAAUGAAGAAGAAUUGUGCCUGGAUGAUGAUGUUGUGGAAGUUAAAUGUGAACAAGUCAUAGAAGAUAGUUCUCAGAUUGAGUUCCUAAAGAGUCAGCUUGCUGAUUGUCAGGAAAAGCUUCAUAAGAUAGAUUGGAUGGAAGAUAAACUGCAAGGUUUAGAAGAGAAACUGAAAGGAAAGGUGAUCAUAGAUGAGAAGGACUGGAAUAAUUUAUUGAGUCGAAUUUUGCUGCUUGAAACAGAACUGUUGUUGCAUUCCAAAAAGAGAGACUUAUCUACAGUGUUCAGCAAUACAAGUCAAGAAUGUACAGCUAGUAGGAUUCCACUUUCUCCUGAUACAGAGAGGAAGGAGGAGAUGCCAGAGAAUCUUCAUCAGUCAUCUGGAUGCAGUUCACCAUUAUCCAUAGACCCAUCUACCAAAGCCAUGACCAUUAAUUCUCAUGGUCUGACAGACAUUUCGAAAGAGACAACAAGACAAAGAAUGGAAAGGAUAAGUAAAAUAAUUGAAGAAACCUCGGAAUUGUUAAAAACCUCAAGUAACACCUCUGAGAAGACCUGAAGGCACAAGUCUUCAGACCUGGUUUCUGCAGACUUAUGGAUAUCAGAACUAUUAAUAAUAUGUAUGUUUGUACAGCAUUAAAUUUUAAUAUAUUAAAUUUGUAAUGAUCAUUAGUGCUUUUAUUCCUUUGAAUAAAUACUUUCUAAUGCA